AUGGCAACAAAUACGAACAUGUCGAGCUCAACGAUGCACUCGCAACAAGCCACACAAGCAGAGUCCCAUCAGCAGGCCCAGUCAUUACCACUGCGGUCGGAAAGCAUGGCCAGCACCACAGACACUGCUGCUGGCGGCGUCCCCGACGAAGAUGGUCUGAUCCUCGAUCCGAAAGGUGGUGUACCUGAGCUUCGUUCCGCUCUUCAAGACGCGCGAGACUCGACGGGUGCAGCACGUAACAUCCUCCUCUCUCUCGGCUGGCUCGACCGACUCCUCUCGCUCUUCAUCAUCAUCGCCAUGAUUCUCGGCGUCAUCAUUGGCGAAUUCGCUCCCAAUGCAGCCAAGAACCUUAAUAAGGGCAACUUCCGCGGUGUAUCUGCACCCCUUGUCGUCGGCCUCAUUGUCAUGAUGUGGCCUAUUCUCACAAAGGUCCAGUACGAACGCUUGCCGCAGAUGUUCACGACAAAACGGCUCUGGUAUCAGCUCGCCAUGUCAUUGGUGCUCAACUGGGUAAUCGGCCCUUUCCUGAUGCUUGCGCUUAGUUGGGCAACCCUGCCUGACCUUGCUGAUUACCGUGUUGGUGUCAUCAUGGUCGGCUUGGCAAGGUGCAUUGCGAUGGUCAUGAUUUGGAACAAAAUCGCUCGUGGAGACAGCAACACCUGUGCCAUCAUCGUCAUUGUCAAUUCGGCACUUCAGAUCCUACUCUACGCUCCGAUGGCAGUGUUUUUCAUCAACGUCAUUUCGAAAGAUGAACAGUUCGGCCUCGGCUACUCGGAUGUAGCUAUCGCUGUGGCGAUUUACCUCGGUAUUCCGCUCGCAGCCGGUGUUCUCACUCGCUUCCUCGUCCUUGGAUUGUUCGGACGAGACUUCUUUCACCGCAAGUUCUUGCCUUACUUCGGCCCACUCUCCCUCAUUGCACUCUUCUACACCAUCAUUAUCAUCUUCGCCGAACAGGCCCAGCAUAUCUUGGACAACCUUGGUCCCGUCUUUCGCAUUUUCGUACCCCUCGUGCUCUACUUUGCAUUGAUGUGGACCGGAAGCUUCGUGUUGAUCUGGUGGUUUAGUGUUAGGUAUGGCAAAACGGAAUGGGGAUACCAAAUGGCGGUGGUGCAGGCGUUCACUGCGGGGAGCAACAAUUUCGAGCUGGCCAUCGCUGUUUGCGUUGCUGUGUUCGGUGUUGGGUCCGACCAAGCGCUUGCUGCGACGAUUGGGCCGCUAGUUGAGGUGCCAGUGCUACUGGUGCUCAGCUGGGUAGCCAUGUUUGUCGGCAGGAGGUUGAGGUGGGAUAGGAGCUUGGAGCAGAGGCAGCAGGCCAAGAGCGGUCAGCUGGACCAGGCCGAUCUGGAGAAGUAG